AGUCAAUAUGACAUUGUCAUACAAACUUGUUACUGGAACAGCUGACUAACCUUAAUUUUUAAAGCCCGAUGUAAAUGGAUUUUAAAUAAAAAUGCUGCUGCGUAAACUUAAUAAAUUGCAAAAAACCAUCCGAUAUAAUUGGAAAAAAUCCGUCUUGGGAGCCGUAGCAUUAUACUAUGGAGCUACGGUAGUAAAAGAAAAAUAUGAAAUUAACUUACUGAUGCGAGCAGCUUGUGAAGAGGCUGCAAAGUAUGGAGACAGAAUGAUUGCUAUAGAUGACAAUCCGAUGCUCGUCACUGUCGUUCUGAACCCUGUUGCUAACAAGCGGAGAGCCAAGCAGGACUUUGAGAAGUAUUGCGAGCCACUCCUGCACUUGGCAGGGAUGCAGGUGGAUGUUGUACAGACUUCCAGUGAGGGGAACGCGAAAGAGCUGGUCGAAACACUGAAAGGAACCCAGGCUAUUGUGAUUGCAGGAGGAGACGGAACAUUGUCUGAAUGCAUUACAGGACUUCUGCGCAGACAUGAUGAUGCAAACCGCUUCCCUAUUGGUAUUCUUCCACUUGGAAGAACAAAUACUAUCGGCAACACCCUUUUUUCAAAAGGGGAAGGUGUUCUUCGGGUAAAACAACUCAUUGAAGCUUCCAUGGCUAUAAUCAAGGGUAACACUAUGUGGAAAGAUGCCAUGAAAAUAGAACCCAUUGAAGAGGAAGAUGCAGUAUUUGGGAAGCCAAUUUUUGCAUUGUGCUCGCUUGAGUGGGGAGCUUUCAGAGAUGUUUUGUCUAAGCAGCACAAGUACUGGCUGUAUGGGUCACUAAGGGAAUAUGCUUCAUAUAUCUUCAAUGGAUACAGACAAUCCCUCAACUGGCAUUGCAAAGGUGUAAUAAAAUACAGUCCACCCUGCGACGGAUGCAGCAACUGUGUCAUGAAGCGGCCCCAAGUCAAAAGGAAAUGGGCUUUCUUCUUGCCCUCUACCACUUUAGCUGAAGACAAUAGUCCUGCGAAUUUAGUCAACAAUAAAUGUGACUCUACUGAAGAAAUUUGCUUCCAGACUAGUGAUUUCAGGAUUGUGACUCCAAACUUACAGAAUACACAAUCAACACCAGCUUUAAGUGUUGGUAUUGGGAAAUAUAACUAUAAAUAUAUGGAGUUUGUGUCCGAGGGCUGGGACCGAGUUCGGGACAAGAGUAUAAAGAAUGCUAUCCUUGCUCGAAGUGUGAUGCUGUAUCCCAAAGAACACUUUGGCGCUACAACUAUUGACAUUGACAAAGAAGAGUAUGAGGCCAAGCCUAUAAAAAUCACACUAUUACCAAAAGUUGUAAAAUUAUUCUGUAAUAGCUAUGAGAAGUAAAAAUGUACUUGUUGGUAAAGUGUUAAAAAGCUCUGAUCGAGUUUGUUAUUCCUUGUUUUAUAUGUUCAUGAUGGUCCUAAGAAGCAUAGACAUCAUUUCAAAGCUGAUGACAAGUUCCAACUACACUAAACUCUAUUUACCGGGAUAAAAAAGAUACUGGUACGAAAGAGAUCAAGGAAUUAAAGUACAAAAACUUGCAUUAUAUACUGUUAUAAAAUGUAAUAAAAAAUAUGUAAAAUUUUAUGUAACAUUAUUAUUUUUAAUUUUUUUUUCUGUAGUUGUGCAGCAAAAACGCACAUCACAAUGACGAACCACAAUUUAACAUUUAAAUAAAAUUUGAAUUAUAAAACAAAACUGGUGAUUGCCGCGCUUAACCUUAACCUGCAGGCUUAGACAAAUGACAUAAAAGCGGUAUAAAAAGUAUAGAAUAAAAACUCAAUGCAAGGGAUUAAAGUACAUAAUUAUAAUAAGGUUUCCACAUAAGUCUCGUACAACGAAACUCAAUUAUUGUAUUCGAAGCUGGAUAUGUAAUUGACGCUAUUUAUCUAUGCCUGCAGAGGGAAUAAAAGGUAAUUUUGUUACAAAACAUUCUGUCUAGCAUACUCCCAAACGAAUAUGGCCGCCGUAACAUGCACAUUUAGUGAUCUGACGUAGCCUUGUUGUGGGAUUUCCACGCAAUGGUCCAUUAGGGGCAACAAGUCGCAUGGCACGCCCUCUUUCUCGUGGCUAAAAGAAAAAUAUACUUUGUUAUGUUCUGACAAAGGGUUUAUUUUCAUCUGACGCAAUAUUAUGAUGAUGUUACUCGAAUUUCU